CGGGAGGGGUCGAUCAUGGGGAACGAAGCGAGCCUGGAAGGAGGCGAAGGGCCGCCGUCUGGGCUGCCGGGGGGGCUGGCACCGGACGGGAAGGGCGGCUACGUGCGGGUCUCCGACGGGACUCCGGUCAACCUGGAUGAACUCAGCGAGGAGCAGAAGAGUCAGCUCGCCGCCGCGAUGUCAAGGGCGCAAGGCAGGCAGCCCGGAGGCGCAGCAGCUGCACGAAGACCAUCAGAAUCUGAUGCCCAGCGGAGUCCACAGCAGGUAGGGGCCUCCAGGGGCCCUUCAGGUCUUAGUAAGAGUCGCACUGUAGACGCCUUCAACCAGGGUCCAACCGGCAGGCCCACACCGGGCCGCAGCCCCUCCUCCCUUAGUCUCUUUGAAUCCAGAUUCCGGCAGGAGCCUAAAGACCAAGAGACCAAGUCCUCCGGCAUGUUUGGGUCCAGCUUUCUAAGCGGGGCCAACCCCCUAAGUGCUGUUUCCUCGAUGACCUCCUCAGUCUCCUCCUCCAUUACCUCAAUGGGAGACUCCGUCAACAUGCCCAAAUUUGGACUGUUUGGGGACGAAGAGGAGGGAGGAGCACCUGCAGCCCCAGAGUCCAAGCAGGGAGGUCCAGGCAAGGGCCCUCAGCAAGGUCCAGGACCAAAGGGACCACAACAAGGACCACCUCAGAAACAGGGUCAGGGACCUCCUGGACAAGGGCCAAAGCCAGGACAAGGGCCUCCUGGGCAGGGACCCAGGCAAGGGCAGGGUCCUCCUGGCCAAGGGCCCCCAGGACAAGGACCCAAGCAAGGUCAGGGUCCUCCUGGCCAAGGGCCCCCAGGACAAGGACCCAAGCAAGGUCAGGGUCCUCCUGGCCAAGUGCCCCCAGGACAAGGACCCAAGCAAGGUCAGGGUCCUCCUGGGCAAAGGCCACCUGGACAGGCACCUCGGCAAGGUCAGGGUCCACCAGGCCAGGGACCGCCUAGUCAAGGGCCUCCUGGACAGGGACCCAGGCAAGGUCAGGGUCCUCCUGGCCAAGGGCCCCCAGGACAAGGACCCAAGCAAGGUCAGGGACCACCUGGCCAGGGUCCUCCUGGACAGGGGCCCAAGCAAGGUCAGGGACCACCAGGCCAGGGUCCUCCUGGACAAGGGCCCAGGCAAGGUCAGGGACCACCUGGCCCAGGACCCCAAGGGCAGGCCCCAAGGCAGGGUCAGGGACCCCCAGGCCAAGGACCACCAGGUCAAGACAAACAGGGUGGACCUCCCCAGCAAAAAGGUGGACCCCCUCAACAAGGACCUGGACCUAAACAAGGGCCACCAGGGGCUCAACCUGGUGAGCCAGCUAAGAAUGGAGGGCCUCCUGGGCCUGGAAAGCCUGGAGGUGGUCUCUGUCCGCUGUGUAAGACCACUCAGCUGAACAUUGGGUCCAAGGAUCCUCCAAAUUACAGUAACUGCACGGAGUGUAAGAACCAGGUCUGCAGCCUGUGCGGGUUCAGCCCCCCAGACUCAGCGGGUAAAGAGUGGCUGUGUCUGAACUGCCAGAUGCAGCGAGCCAUGGGAGGUAUGGAUCCCCCCGGCAUGACAAAACCCAAACAAGGCUCAGCCCCACCCUCCCCCCAGAGACAAGCACCCGGUAAGCCUGGCAAGCUCCUGAUAAAGCAGCAGAGUACCACCGACCAAGGGUUGACACCGCCAACAACACCGAGGCAGAAAUCUCCCGGUCCGUCUUCUCCUGUACCUUCUUCCCCAGGCUCCUCAAUGGGAGGAUCCCCUAAGAUCGACCCCAAGACCGGUCGCCCAAUCCAGCAGAAGUCCACUCCCCAGCAGUCUCCAGCUAAAGCAAAACAGGAGUCUAGUUUCUUUGGGGGGUUAGGGGGUAUCAGUCUGGGAGGUUUAACAGACGUAGCCAAACCUCCUGCAGCUGCUUCCCAAGCUGCCGGAGGGUUCUUUGGCGGAUUUGGCGGUUUGAUGGAAUCGUCAAAACCUCAAGCACCGGCACCAUCAAAGCAGGAGGACUCAGUUGCUGGGAAGUUGUUUGGAGGUUUUGGAGGGUUAACAGAAGCUGCAAAACCUCCCGCUGCAGCUUCUCAAAUGUUCAGCUUUGGAUCAUCGCUCUUGAGUUCUGCCACUAAUAUUGUCACCGGCGAGGAUGACAAGGCAGCAGGGGCUCCUCCUGGGUCGCCCCCAGCCUCCCCCGUUGACUCCGGACCAGGUUCCCCUCCGGAUUCGCCGUUCUCUCCUCCGGGAUCUCCUCCUGAUUCAGACUCUGCUCCUGACACCCCACCAGCCUGGUCCAAGAAACCUCCCAGAACUCUUUCUGUGGAGAAGAAAGACAAGGAACCAGCAUCCAAACCUUCACCUGCUCCUGCACCAGCCUCAACCACCAAGGAAAGCUGCCCUCUCUGUAAUGUGGAUCUGAACGUCGGUUCAGCAGACACACCCAACUUCAGCCUUUGCACCGAGUGCAAGAAGAAGGUCUGCAACCUGUGUGGAUUUAACCCAACUCCCCAUUUAGGAGAGAAAGAAUGGCUUUGCCUCCAUUGUCAGACCCAAAGAGCCAUGUCGGGUCAGCUAGGAGACGCGCCACCUCAAGCCAUGGAAUCCCCGAAGAAGCAACCACCUGCUCCUGUUCCCUCCUCCACCCCUGCCCCUACUGCUGUAGAUAGCAAACCUGUAGUAGAAGCAGCAGACCCAACCCCACCUGCUCCUGAGACCAAGGUGAAAGUGGUGGAGACCUUGAAAGACACUGGAAAUAAAGUAAUUGCUGGCACGGAGGGCAGCCCCACCAGCCCAUCAGACCUAGCCAAGCUGGAAAGCAUGGUCCUUCCAAUCCUCGAGGCCCAAGCUAUCACGAAACCAAAGGAUGAUGAGGAGAAACUAACAGACACUCUCAAGACCAGACGCAAAUUAGAGGUGCUUCCUCUCUCACCUGAUUCACCUAGCUCAGAGGAUGACAAAGAACUCUCGGUGACCAAAGCUACCCCGAAGAAAAAGCUCCUCGUGCCCAUGGAAGUCAGAGCAGAUUCACUAGAUGAAAGCAGUGAAAGCAUUGGAAAAGAGAGCCCUAUGUCAGGGGAUGAUGAGGACUUUAUCCGAAAACAAAUUAUGGAAAUGAGUGAGAAUGAGGAUGCUUCUCCGUCUGAUGAGGAAAAUCUAAUCCGGAGAAAGAUUAGAGAGGAUGAGAGGAAACAUAUGGAACAGAAGAAAUCAGAGGUUGUAGAAAGGAGCACAUCUGGAAAAGCCAGGCGACUUACCAAGAAGAGCACCAUAAGUCCAGAUGAUGAAGAAAAUAAGAUCCUUGGCAGCUCAUUGGAAAAACCUGAUGCAAACCAAGAGGAGGAACAAGAUACAAAAGUAGAAGAAGAAAGGAUUGGUACUGCAGUUCGCAAUUUCCAAACUAUGGAGCUGAAUACUGUCAGCAGCCCAAUUCGUAUAUCUAAUAAUGAUGGAGACCCCGAAAUGGAAUGCCUUACAGACUCUCCAGAUGAUCGGUCAAAAGGUGAGGGGUCUUCCAGUCUGCAUGCAUCAAGCUUCACUCCUGGAACAUCCCCAACAUCCCUUUCAUCACUUGAUGAAGACAGUGACAGUAGUAGUCCAAGCCAUAACCGUUCUGGUGAGGGUAAACAACAUAGGAAAGCCAAACACAGACAGCCUGGUCAAAUGCUACCAACUAUUGAAGACUCUUCUGAGGAAGAUGAGUUACGGGAAGAAGAAGAGCUUCUAAGGGAGCAAGAAAAACAGAAGGGCUCUGGAAAAAAAUCAAAGAAAGACAAAGAUGAAAUUCGAGCCCAAAGAAGGCGAGAGCACUCAAGGACACCUCCAAGCAACUUGUCACCCAUUGAAGACGCUUCACCAACUGAGGAACUGAGACAAGAAGCUGAAAUGGAGGAAAUCAGACGAUCAUCCUGCUCUGAUUUCUCUCCAAGUAUUGAAUCAGAUCCUGAAGGGUUUGAAAUCCAUGCUGCAAAGAUUGCGGCAGUUCAGAAAACUUAUCAACUGCCUACAUCAGUAUCUCUCUACUCUCCAACAGAUGAUCAAAACAUUGAUAAUCCACAGACAAAAACUCUUAAAUCUGCAGAUGAGGCUUAUGAGGAAAUAAUGCUCAGGGCUACUUCUCCAACAGUUGAAAAAGUAGAGCUUCAACCUGGAAAGGAGUCCCUUUAUGGGGGCAUGCUCAUUGAAGACUAUGCCUAUACAUCUCUUAUUGACAAUUCAACAGCUGAUCUUGGGGAGCAAGAGAAAAUUGUCAUUCCUGCUCAACCCAAAAAGCUGAGAUCCCCAGACGAAGUUUAUGAAGACAUGAUAAAGAAAAGAAAAGAAUUCAUGAAACUUGAGCAGGAAUAUCAAGAUAUGCAGCCCAAAAACGAAAACACAAACCCUCUAAUAGUGUUGCAACCGUCUGAGAAAACCUUCUCAGAUAGCGGUACAGUAACACUGGGGAAAGAUGGGAAACCAUUGUUGGACGCUGAAACCGCAUAUGAAGAGCUAAUGAAAAGGGUCCUGACUCCUGGAACAAGUCCAACUCAGCAAGGGCCAGAAGUGGAUUCAACUGUAUCUAGAAAGGCACUCCACCCCAUUCCGGACUUAAAGGUGACACAGUGCUCCUCAGGAGAGUUGUCUUCUGAUGAUGAGAGUAAUGUUAAAAAAGAGGGGAGAACUGAAUUAUCAGACAUCACGAUGGCUUCAGAAACUGAGCCGGUGGCAGUGAUUUCUGAGUCUCCUCUGCCAAACACAUCAGAUCAACCACCUAAUACCAUAAUUGAAGCAUCCCAGGCUGAUAUUGUAGACUUAUCUGGUGAACUUCCAAGGACCAGAGCCCAUGUGAUUGCCAAUGUAUCACCCUUACCAACAGUUCCCCAGUACACACCCAGUAUUCCCAGUGUAGUGUCAACUGCCCCACCUGUGCCCCCCAAGCCAAGUGUCCUGCGUAGGGCUAAUUCUCAGGAAAAAUCUGAAGAACCCCCACUGCCUCCUCCAACCCCACCAAAGCCCACUGUUUUUCCAAGGAAACCCCCAGUCCCACUUCCACCACAGGCUUCAGCAACUUCAGUCCGGCCAGAGACGGUGACUAUGACUGCAGCCCAGGGACCAACAACAAGACAAGUAGUUACACCAAUGUACAAACCUCACGUUCCCCCACCUGUUCCACCAAAGCCUGCUGUUUCUGGUGACAGCCACAGACCAGGACAAGGUGUUAAACCACCAAUUGCUCCAAAGCCUGGUUCACAGCCUUCAUCGCCAGCCCAUGUCUCGCAUCCUACAAGGCCCACUGCACUUCCCACUGGCUCUUCCGACAUAGCCCUAAAUUUGAGCCCUUCUUCUGAGACCAAGCAGUUUCAACCCUCUCCAAAGUCUCCUUCUUCUCCAAGAUUUUCCAGAAAUCUUCGUGACACAUAUGUGGUCAUCACACUGCCAUCUCAGCCCAGCUCUCCAGUAGACACCAUCUCAACUCAAGCUCCUUCCAGCCCCGGACCAGCGUCUCCUGCACACCAUGCUCAGCCCCAAAGCUAUCACCAACAACAGCCUCAAACUCAAUCAUAUCCACAGCAGCAUCCACACCCAACCCCUCCUCAAACAACCAGGGUGCCUCUGGCAUACACACGUGUCACAGAAUCCAUUGAAAGUCAAGAGAUUUGUGGUCCAGAAAAACACGUAUCCAGUUCUUGUCACAUAAUUGAAGCUAUAUCUGCCUCAGCACAGCCACCUGUGGUUAUGCCUAACCUUAUCUCUCAAGUGGUAACCACAGAAGUUCAAAGGACCACUGUCUCUGUUGUCCAUGAAAGGGCAACACCACCAGUACCAGCUCCAAGGGCAACUGGUGUCCCAAUCUCAAUGGAGAAACCUAAGCCCCAAUUGCCAGCACAGAUUGGGCAGACCGUCCAACCUUCUGAGGUGGUAGAUUUGAGAACUAUGAAGGCGGACCCUGAGUCAGAUAGGAAAGGUGUUGAUCUGUCUGCUAGCGCAGACUCAAGACGUCAGUCCUUGGCUACUGAUGUCAGUCGUCAGAACAGUGCAGUGCAGUCAUCUGUGGUCAACCUCAGUACAGAAUCAUCCACUGUCUCUAUAGUGACUGAUAGCAUUACAAUUGUGACCUGUUCCGCCACAAUCCAGCAAUGUGACAAUGUAGAUGCCUCUCAAAUAUCUUCAGUGCCCCUGCAGCUGACAAAAAACAAAGCUUUUGAGCCUGUUUCUCAAAUUAUCUAUCGGCCAAUUGAUUUUCAGUCCUUAUCUCAUACUGGUACAGAGAUCCCUAUUAACCUCUCAGUUGGAUCAGGUGGAGGGACUUUCCAGGUCACACCUGUGACUAUUGCACCCACCUCCAUUUCAAGUUGUGUUGCCAAUGGAUUAAAUACAGGUACAGCUACAGUGGCAGGAGCUGUUGACCUUAGCACAACAAAACCAUUCAACACUGUUGUAUCAGUGGAUGCUGCUUCUUCAGAAGUGGCCACAGCAGUUAUCACAGAUUAUGAUGGCAAACCAGUGGAUCUAACUGCAGGAAAGAGAACUGUAUGCUGUGAUGUUGUGUACAAGCUGCCAUUUGCAGGAAGCUGCACUACUCAACAACCAACCACACCCCUGCCGGAAGACCGUUUUGGAUAUCGUGAUGAUCAUUAUCAGUAUGAUCGAUCACCAUAUGGCAUGAGGGGGUUUAGUGGAAUUAAACCAUCAAUGUCAGACACUAACCUAGCAGAAGCUGGCCUGUUCUUUUACAAGAGCAAGAACAGCUACAAUUUCAGUGGCACCACAGAAGGUGCAGUAGAUCUUACCUCUGCAAAGAUUUCUGAUGCAGGUGAAGCUGUUGACUACUCCAAGAAAGGGAAUUACGCUGGAAUGACAAUCCCACCCUAUUCCCAAGCCAGAGUCACAAGUACUGUGGGUACACUCUUUGGUACGAGCAGUGUAUUGAGAUCAUCAAAUGGGGUAGUCUAUUCCUCUGUAGCAGCACCAAUACCUUCUACGUAUGCCAUUACCACCCAACCUGGAUCCAUCUUUAGUACAUCAUACAACACACUGUCAGGAAUGCAUACCAGCGACACCAUGCCAUCUUUGUCAAAUAUCCAGAACUUGCCACUUACACGGUCCCACAGUUUCUUGUCCACUAGCUCCACUACUGAAACUGAGGAGUUUAGAGAUGUCCCACUCAAUCUGGAGAUAUCUAGAGGGGGUACUACUCCUGCUCAUCUUAUCAACACAGCAGGAACAUCUUUAUCCCUUGACACUUACACUGAUGCAUCCCUAGAGGCUAUAGCUGCUUCACUGGAGGCUCUGUCCUCUCCCAUGGUUCCAGGGGAUGGCCAGUAUAUGGUAGAGCGUGAGAGGCUGGAGAUGGAGAAACUCAAACAACAGCGGCUUGCUGAGGAAUUGGAAUGGGAGCGUCAGGAAAUUCAACGUUUCCGUGAGCAAGAACAGCUCUUAGUACAGAAGGAACUCGAGGAACUGCAGGUCAUGAAGCAGCAGAUUCUGACCCAACAAGAAGAGGAAAGACAGGCUCACCUUAUGAUGCAGAAAGAAACCUAUGCUCAGCAACAGCAGCAGCUAGAGCAGAUUCAGAGACUCCAAGAGCAACUUCGCCUGCAACUAGAAGAGCAAAAGCUUCGUCAGAUGUUCCCAGGUGGUGACGCUAUAGGGCAUGGUGUGCAGGAGGCUAUUGUAUUAGGACCUGAUGGCACAGUGUUAUCCAGAAAGAUCACAGAUAGUGGAUGCCAGACAGAUGAAGAGGAUGAAGCAGUCAGCAAAGCUUACACAGCUGGUAGAAAAAAGCGUAGUGCCAAAAAGAGUGUUGACAGUUGUGUGCAGACGGAUGAUGAGGAUCAAGAUGAAUGGGAGGCUCAGACCAGGAGCCGGCAAAACCGGCCACGCACUGCAAGGGGUGAUAGGGGAGGGCAGUCAGAUAUUUCACUUCAAGCCCGCACUGAAAUUUCUAUACAAACAGAUUCAGAGGGGAACAUUAUAAUGGACUCCAGGAUGGAGCUAUCUGACUCUGAAAGAACUUCACCAAAGAAACGACCUAACCCUCUAGAAAUAGGCCAGUCUCCUAACCUUAAAGUUGAUUCCUCCACACUACAAGCCCCUCCUAAGUCUCCCAAAGUGCUUUAUUCCCCCAUAUCCCCCUGUAUAUCCCCUAGCAAAUCCAUGGAGUUUGUUUCAUAUGACAAAUCCCUGGGAGAUACAAGUCCACAAAAGCUAAGAGGAAGUAUGGAUCAAUCUCAUGCCUCUCCAUCAAGCCCCAGGGGACCAAAAGCGAUGCAAAGAUCCAUGUCUGACCCAAAGCCCAUGAGUCCAACAGGGGAAGAAAGGGCAACAUCUGGCACCCAAUAUGGUGAUGGCAAAGGCUCAGGUAGCACUCCAACAGGAACUCAAAAGAAGGUAAAGAGGACUUUACCCAAUCCACCAUCAGAGGAUGAGUCAACAACCAGUGGCCAAACGGCAUACACCACUGGCUCUGCCCGCCGAAGAAUGUGCCGUAAUUCUAACAUGGCCCGUGCCAAGAUCCUACAGGACAUUGACCGCGAGCUAAAUCUGGUGGAGCGUGAGUCUUCUAAGCUCCGUAAAAGACAAGCAGAGCUAGAUGAGGAGGAGAAAGAGAUUGAUGCCAAACUUAGGUACUUGGAGAUGGGUAUAAAUCGUAGAAAAGAUGCACUACUGAUAGAGCGAGAGAAGAGGGAAAGGGCUUACUUACAGAGUGUUGCUGAGGACAGAGACUACAUGUCAGACAGUGAGGUUAGCAACAUUCGAGAGACUAGAGGUGGGCUUGGAGAUGGUGAAGAUGAGGACAUUGAAGGUCAUGGUCUUGAACGUCCCAGGACAGCUCCUCAGUCAGAAUUGGAUGACUUUGUUCCACCUCAAACCAAGCAUGAAUAUGGAAAAUACUCCCAAUACCAAUACCCUCAAAGCCAAUACCAGCAGUCUCUCUACCAGACUCCCCAAUCCUACCAAUCUCAUUCUCUCUACUCAUCUGUCCCCUCGCUCACUACCUCCCAGCAACAGAGUUACCACCAGAUGCUUCUGUUGCAGCAGAAGGCCGCCAGGCAGGCAGCUCUCCUCUCAGAACUUGAUGCAACCAAAUAUGAAGUCAUUAGCCGCCAGCCUGACCCCACAUCAUCAGCUUUUCUGGGAGUUAAGUAUGACAAAUAUGGUAACCACCUUGAUCUCAGAGCCUUGGACGUUGGAAGUAUGGCACGUAGCCCUAUGUCAGCUGUUUCUGAUUCCUAUUACCCAGAUGUAGAUCAUCAUACACCUCGGAGCUACAUGUUACUGGAAGAUGCUGCAGAGCUGGCUAAGGGCUCUACAGGUAUGUCUUCAUCUUAUAGUCUGGCUGAGAGGGAGCUGGCAAAGGCAGAGAAGCUGCUGCGCCGGAGUGCAGCAGAUUUAGGGUCUACUGACUAUCUGGGAUCAACCUCAAGACUCCAUCCUUAUGGAAAGACCCCUGAUGAAGAGGAUCCAAUGGAAGAGCCCUAUGAAUUGAAACUACUGAAGCAACAGCUAAAGCAAGAGUUUAGGAGAAGUACAGGUGGGACGGAAAAUUUAGAACAACUGGCAGGUCUCUCCCAGCAUUAUUAUACCCCUAGCUCUGGCAUUUCUAGUUACUCCCAAAGACAAUAUCCAAAGACAGACAAGUACAGCAUCAGUCGACUUACUUUAGAGAAGCAGGCAGCUAAAAACCUCCCAGCCUCAAUGUUGUACCAAAAACACAAGGCUCCAUUAGUUGAUCCUAAGAUCUCCUCAAAGUAUUCUACUACAGACAACAGAGGUCUGGAGACAGACUAUACAAGCUACAUUGGUUCCACAAGUGCAUCCCCACGAUCCAGUCGGCUCAUGCAGGAUGAAAUUACCUUUGGCCUCCGUAAGAAUAUUGCAGAGCAGCAAAAAUAUCUGGGGUCCACCUUGGGUGCCAAUUUAGCUGGGUCACUAAAUAUAGGCCAGAGUUUAGGUUUAGACUCUGCUUAUCCUAGUGGUAGUCGCUCAAGACCCUCAUCCAGGCCCACAUCUUGCUACGGCCUGGACUUGUCUAUCAAGAGAGACCCUUCCAGCUCUUCGCUUAGGCUUAAAGGGGACGGUGAAGCAUCUGGAGAUGGUCCAAGCUAUCAGACCCCCUCUGGUCGAACCAAACCCACCAGCCUUCCCAUUGUUCAAAGUGGUCGUGGCAGAAUACCAAUAGUGGCCCAGAACUCAGAAGAAGAGAGUCCAUUGAGCCCUGUUGGGCAACCUAUGGGCAUGGCCCGUGCAUCAGCUGGUCCUCUGCCGCCAAUCUCGGCUGAUUCAAGGGACCAGUUUGGUUCUUGCUUGUCCUUGCAGGACUCCCAGCAACAGCAACAUAUCAGGGAAGAGCCAACCAGGGGUAGGGGUUAUGUGCUGAUGGAUGAUCUUCAAGGCACCAUGUCAGACAGUGAAGCCCUAAGUGAUUCCAUGAUGGCUUUGAACAGAGACGAUGCAACCAAUGCCUACCACCUACGACGAGAAGAAACAGAUUGGUUUGACAAACCCAGAGAUGGACGGUCAGAGAACGGACACGAGAAGAGACAGGGAAAAGGCCCAUAUUACCCCUUCCCUCACCUCAGGGUCAAACUCCAGAGGGACCUCAAAGACCGCAGUGUCUCAGGAAAUGGUCUGGGUAUCCGUGUAGUUGGAGGGAAAGAAGUCCCUGGUAGCAAUGGAGACAUCGGAGCAUAUGUUGCCAAAGUCCUGCCGGGUGGAGCUGCAGAACAAACUGGAAAGAUUCUUGAAGGAAUGCAAGUCCUGGAGUGGAAUGGUAUUCUUCUGACGGGUAAAACUUAUGAAGAAGUACAAGGACUCGUGGGACAGCUAUGUAAUGAGGCAGAAGUGUGUGUCCGACUUGAUCUCAACAUGCUUUCUGAGUCUGGGGGCACAGAGCAUCUGGAUUUCCAGGAUCACGGCAAAAGUGACAGACCUCCCAGGUCUCCAGGUGUCGACCCCAAGCAGCUGGCAGCUGAGCUGCAGAAAGUGUCCCAGCAGCAGGCUCCCUCGUCCACCUCCUCCUCUGGCCUGCCCGCCACCACCUCAGCCACCUCCAGCCCUGGUCAGCCGGGAUCGCCCUCCGUCAGCAAGAAACGGCACAGCAGUAAGACUGCAGAGGGAACCAAGACCCCGUCCCACCCCAUCUCUGGAGAGAUACAGCUUCAAAUCCACUAUGACAAGCAGCUUGGCAACUUGAUAGUUCACGUCCUGCAGGCCAGAAACCUUGCCCCACGGGACAACAAUGGCUACUCUGACCCGUUUGUUAAGGUGUAUCUCCUACCUGGGAGAGGUCAGGUCAUGGUUGUCCAGAACGCCAGUGCCGAAAACAAGAGGAGGUCCAAACACGCGGGCAAGAGUCUAAACCCGGAGUGGAACCAGACUGUCAUCUAUAAAAACAUCCUCCUGGAGCAGCUGAGGAAGAAGACCCUGGAGGUAAGCGUGUGGGACUACGACAAGUGCUCCUCCAAUGACUUCUUAGGAGAGGUCCUUAUAGACCUGUCCAACACAGCCCAGCUGGACAAUAUCCCACGGUGGCUCCCGCUGAAGGAGCAGAGCGAGGGCGACCACCACCGACGCUCGCACUCAGGCCAGAGCAGACACAGCACCUCUAAACCCUCCUCGCAGCAUUCCUCCCCUAAAACCACCGGCUCCUCCUCAAACGACAAUCAGGACUCCCCCAAAUCAUCUGUCAUCAAGAGCCGGAGCCACGGGAUCUUUCCUGAUCCAGCCAAGGGCCAAAGAGGCCGCCUCUCUCUGAGGCACCAGAGACACAGCGUAGUGGGCGUGCUCACCAUUCAGAGAGCGCAGUCUGAUUGGCUGCCAGCCCUGCCAUCAUCGUUGGUCGUGUCGGCCAAAGGGAGCAGAGCAGACGGCAGACACAUGACCCUCAGGAAAGCCGUGUCUGAAGAGAGGCCGCAGAGCAUCGGAGCACGGUCCAGCUACAGAUCCAGCGAUGCCCCGGUCACUGCGGCCUCGUUGGACAGCGGCUUGAGUGGCAGUGCCUACAGCCUAUUGGACGAGGAAGGAGAGACAAACGAGGUGGACAGUGCCAUCUUCCAGGUGCCCCGAUUUGGAAAGAUUCCAAACGGUACAGAUGCGAUGAAAACAUCGAUGGGACACGGUGAAAUGGAAGGCAAGUCCCAGGUAAUGGGGGAGAUAAAGAUCGCUCUGAAGAAGGAGAUGAAGACAGAGGGUGAGCACCUGGUCCUUGAGAUACUUCAAUGUCGCAACAUCACCUACAAAUUCAAGACUCCAGACCACCUGCCAGAUCUCUAUGUGAAGCUCUAUGUGGUGAACAUCGCCACCCAGAAAAGGAUCAUCAAAAAGAAGACCAGAGUGUGUCGUCAUGACCGGGAGCCAUCUUUUAACGAAACCUUUCGCUUCUGUAUGAACCCCGCCGGACACGCUCUACAGCUCUUCCUGGUGUCUAAUGGUGGCAAAUUUAUGAAGAAGACGCUGAUCGGGGAGGCCUACGUGUGGCUGGACAAAGUCGACUUACGCAAGCGGGUGGUGAGUUGGCACAAGCUGCUCGCCAGCACCGCCCAGAUCCACUCGUAGAAGGAGAGACUCGAUGUUUAAGGCAAGAAGAGUUCUGUGACACCUGGGACACUUUGGUUCAACAUGUGUAGAUCCACUCGUACUGAGUUGGGGAAAGGAGAAAUUUGACACAAAUAUCUCAUUCUUCAGUCUUUAUUUCAGGGCUUGGAUAGGUUGAGUGUUCGGAGGAUGCUUUUAUUUUGUAGGGGCAUUUCUGAUGAUAAUUUCUGUCAUGCAGGAGUUAUGGGGGGAGUAGUUCUGUGUUUACAGAACCAAAAAAAAAAAAAACACAAGUUUACUGGAAGUACAGUGUACAAUAGUGUGGCCAAGGCUGGGGGGGAACACAGGUGCUGAGUUAGGAGGUGGAGCACGGAAACAACCAGGUAUUACACACUUUAUUCACACACACACACACACACACACACACACACACACACACACACACACACAGACACAUGUAUCCACACAGAGCAGACAUUUAGACUCUACAGGGAAUGGACACACUUGGAAGAUUCUUAUUUAUUUUAUUUAGAUGUUUUAUCCAUGAACACAUUUGACUCAUUGCUUUAUUACGACCGCAGAGUUUUUAUUCAUUUACAAAGCAUUUUGGGAAAGAAAUAAUGAAGACUCCGGUACGGAGACCUCGUAUUUAUUUUUGUAUUAAGAAAAAACAUAGAAUUCUAUCAUUUGUCCUUUCCUUAAUUAUUGCAGUACUUAAAAAAAACUCAAUCCUAAGCGAGCAUAGUAUAUUUUGUAACACGCUAUUUAGCAUUCCAGAAGGAAAAAAACAACGUCAGCAUGCAUGACUUCAUUCACUUUAGACUCCUUGUUUUUCUCCCUAAGUGUAAACUGAUGAUGAAGAUCUAUAUUGAUAUAUAUAUUAAAUUGGACACUAUAUAUUGUGCGCAUGAGUCUACCUAUUUGGAAUGCGGUGCCACAUGAUCUGUACAAUGAUUAAUCACCUCUAAGGUUCACUUUGUAUAUAGUGAAGUGUGAUAGCUGGAUAUUAAAUAUAAUAUAUAGAUAAAUACAUAGAUAUCUUUAUCACUGACAAUCCAGUCUCCAUGAUUGUGACAUAGAGGUUUUAUUUUACCCACAAUGCCCUUUUGGAAUGUUUCCCCAUAUGAGAUUGAAGUAUUCCUAUGAUUUUUUGUUGUUGUUUGUUAUGAGAAGCAUCAUCCUGUAUGUCCGUGCUAUUUUGUCCCGACAACCCUUUUGUGUUAUUUUGCACUUUUUCUGCCAAGAAUGUAAAACUGCCCUCAACAUCUGUCUGAGAAAAAUAAUCACCGCAGAAUUUCUUUCUUUUUUCACCCCCUAAGCGGUGGAAAGUGAAAAAGAAAAGGUGACGCUAUCAGGAAAUAUUAUAAUUGAACAAAAAUCACGAUGUGUCUGAAGCUAUCCAUCAGAGUUCAAAGAUACAACAGUGCUACUAAGUUAGCGUGCUGAUGUUUUAUCCCAGCUGUUUUCCUUUCUUCAUGCCCGUCUUGUCUUAAAAAAACAUAUACCACCUUGAAUUUAAAAUUUGUUCGUCUUUGAAAAUUGAGAGAGAGAGAGGUCAUUCUGUGGUUGAGAGGCGGGAGAGCAGAUUUACUGAAACUACACAUAAAAUAUCGGAGGGAUUUCUAUGCAACAUCUACUGUCUGAAGGUGGUAACUCUAUCCUGACCUGCCAGAAGUGUGACCCUGUGUGGAAGAGGAAACAUUCAAUCUUACAUUUGUUUUGCACUGCUGUGUUUUCAUGAUAUGUUUUUACUUUAAUUUCAAGUGUUAUUUUGUACCGCUGAAUCACUCUUUAUUUAUUAUUGCCUGUGGUACUACUUCAUAUGUUGUAUUAUAUUUGUUUACAGUACAUAUCAGUUGUACAUAAAAAGAUGAGAAAUUUUGUUUUUAUACACGAUGUAGUGCUUGUUUACAACGUUUAGAGGGCCUGAAACUCAGAGAACCAACUUUUUUUGCCCUUGCACGAACACACACAAAAGAAAAUGUCACGCACACAUCCUGAAUCUCAACGUUUUCAAUGACAAAAAAAAAAAAAAUCACUUUCAUAUUCAAGUAAUUUCCAUCUUUUUAUGCACCCCCUUUUUGAUUCUGUGUAUGACAAAAUGACCAAAAUAGACGACAUUGUAAUCAAUGGAUGUUACCAGAACUGAUCGUAGUUUUAAGCUCAGUGUGUGUGGUUUUUUUCAUUAUUUUGCUUUAUUUUUGAUCCCAUGUGCUUGUGUGUGUUGUAUCCUCAUACAAAUCCCAUGCAUGUCAUUGGCUCUAAAGCAUAUCUCUUCUUUGAAGUGUUGUCUGUCUAAAGAUAACAGGUUUUAAAAUCUCUCAAAGAGUAACACACUCACACACACAAACACACACAAACACACACACAGCUGACAUCUCUACCCUCUAUUCCCAACCUUGUACAUAUAUAGCUUUUUAUACUGGGGUUUGGGGAGCAAUAUGUCUUUUAGCAGACAAAAAAAGGUGUGUCAUAGAGGUAAAGGGACUUUUUUUCUCUCACGAUCAAUGUACAGAGGACAGACUGGGGGAAAGCAGUGAGCGUCUGUCUAUAGGGACCCACAUUUACCCCGACCCUUUACACCAAACACUAAAGGUUUACCAGAGUCUACCUACACAGAAGUCUAUCUUAAAAACUCAAGCAGUUGCAGGAGAAUUUAAAUGUGCUCACACUGGAUGUUGCAUGUUUCGUUGGUGGUUCAUACUAUUUUUGUGUCCAGAUAUUAUUAAAGAUAAAAAAAUAUGAUCGAGGUAGAGAAAGAUAUAGAACAAAGUGUUUUAGAGAGAGGAGAAAAUACAAUUAUUCAAGAUGUAUGCUGACUGUACAAAGAUUAUGCUUGUAAAACCUGUCUGGUUUUUCAUUUGUAAGUAAACAGAAAAAAAAUCUAAUGUCUUGGUUUUGUGAUUGUAUACAGGAGGUAUUGAUAAAUUAUGCAAAUUGUGCUGUAAAAUUGGCUGUUGCCCCAUGUCUAAAUAUUAAAUAUCAGUACAAAUGAA